UUGCUGCCGUGUGCCUCUAAGGCUUCCGUUAGCUGCGUUGCGUUGUCAACAGGACCAAAACACCAGCAGCUCACAGGACCUUUACUUCCAGACUGUCCGCUGGCCGUCAGCUGACACUUCACCCGUCCGCCUCCGUUAUCUCUGCCGCGUCUCAGCGAACAGCGGGUGAACGCGAGGCACGCGAUGUUUUCAUUCGGAGAAACGACGUCCGUUUAAAAGCGCGAGAGCUGUCGGUGCACCUCACCGGCACUUUAAAACUGACCGAAACUGACAGGGGGAAUGCGGUGAUGCGUCCAGCCAUGCCCUGCGCUCGUCUUCCUCACAUUUAUACCGCGAUAUGUGAUGUUAGUUGAGUGUUGCUUUAUAGAGAAUGGGAUGAACUAGGUACAGUUACAUUCAUAUGCAGCUGGUGGUAUUGUUGUAGAUAGUUAAGAACAUCUUUUGCCAUUAAAAGCAUUCCGUGCAGCUCUCGCGUCCCCUGUCCCGUUAUAUCACCGUCAAAAAUACCCCGCACGCCGAAGUGAUGCGUUAUCUGUCAGUGCUAAUAACGUUCAGAUUGUGAUCAUGGAGUCGGCGCGUCUUCACGCUAGUUUGUCAGUCUCUAUAGUUGGCUUUUACAGAUCGAUUUUCUGUUUUUGCGCUUUAGUUCGGACAGCAGGUGCCGGUGCUUGUUAGCACCUCAUGCUAGUAGAUUAUCCUUAAACAUUCGUCAAAUCUAAAUGAGAUAACAAACAAUCCGACCAUUAGCUAACACUAUGAGCGAUCACUAUGAGAGGGUGAAGAUCGAACUCCAGCAGAUGAAGGAGGUGGAGAACGAGGCCGCGGCCGACGAGGAGCAGCUGUCCCCGGCCUCGGUCUCGCCAGUCCCCGCUGACCUUUCCUUCACUGCUCGGAGAGACCCGUCCAAAAGUAGCAUCAACGGGAGAAGUCGGAGUAAAAGUAGGAGCAAAGCGGACGCGCACGAGAGACAGGUGAACGGUAAGCAACCGACGGAUCCGGCGCCGCAAGGACAGAGGCGUGUAAGCAACGAGCCGAACCUUCACGUUAAAGGUACGGCGAGGCUUUUAAAGGUUAAAACGGCGGCAAACGGUCACGUCGAGUCAGGCAAGAGACAGACAGAUGGGAAGUGUGAGCAUCACGGCAAAGAGGACGAGAGCAAAGCGGCCAAAAAGAGAAAAGCUGUGACGGUGGACACCUCCAAGGCAAAGACGUCUCUGGAGGCGCUGAAGAUGAGCAUCAGGCAGCUGAAGUGGAAAGAGUUUCCGAUGGGUAGGCGGACAGCCUGUGAUAUCUACUGGCAUGGCGUCUCUUUUCACGACAACGAGAACAUCAACUCUGGGCAAGUCAACAAAUUCCCAGGAAUGAUAGAGAUGCUGCGGAAGAUAAACCUGAGUCGUGCGGUGCGUACCAUGCAGGAGCUGUUCCCGGAGGAGUACAACUUCUACCCACGUUCCUGGAUACUGCCUGAGGAAUUCCAACUCUUUUCCACACAGAUUCGUCUUCUGAAAGAUAAUGAUUCAACCCUUAAACCCACUUUUAUCGUCAAACCGGACAGCGGAUCCCAGGGCGAUGGCAUCUACCUCAUCCGUGACCCUGCUGACCUUCGGGUCAUCUCAGGUUCUCAGAUCAAACAAGCAGUUGUUCAAGAAUACAUCCAGAAACCCCUGCUCAUCGAUAAAUUGAAGUUUGAUAUCCGCCUGUACGUUCUGGUCCGCUCGUUGGAGCCUCUAGAAAUCUACAUCGCUAAAGAGGGUCUUUCCAGGUUCUGCACAGAACCCUACCAAGAACCCAGCCAGAAGAACCUUAGUCAUGUUUUUAUGCACCUCACCAACUAUUCCCUUAAUGUGCACAGCGGGAACUUUGUUCACUCCGACAGCUGCAGCACGGGCAGUAAACGCACGUUCUCUAGCGUUCUCUAUCGCCUGGCAUCUAAAGGAGUGGACAUCAAGAAGGUCUGGUCAGACAUUAUCGCUUUGGUUAUCAAGACAGUAAUUGCACUCGUGCCUGAACUAAAGGUGUAUUAUCAGGCAGAUAUACCACCUGGAAAACCAGGGCCGACAUGUUUUCAGAUCCUGGGCUUUGAUAUCCUGCUGAUGAAAAACUUGAAGCCUGUUUUAUUAGAGGUCAAUGCCAAUCCCAGCAUGAGGAUUGAACAUGAACAGGAGGUGUCACCUGGUGUGUUUGAAUAUGUCCCGAGUCCAGUAGAUGAAGAGGUGAAGGUGGGUGUGAUCAGAGACACGCUGCGGCUCAUGGACCCGGCUCAGAGAAAACAACACGUAACGUCAAGUACAGGGGGCGGUUCACCAGAAGAAGCUAUUGUUGUGGAAACAGGAAGUGAUGAGAAAGAAGGCUUGGCAGAUUCCCUUCCAUCUUUGUGCUUAAAGCAAGUCUUCCCUAAAUACACCAAGCAGUUUAAUUACUUGCGGGUCGUGGAACGCAUCGCUGGCAUUUUCCUGCGCUUCCUCGGUGUCAAAGGAACCAUGAGACUGGGUCCGACCAGCUUCCGCACCUUCAUCAGGAACUGCAAGCUGAGUAACAGCAGCUUCUCGAUGGCUUCAGCGGACAUCCUGUACAUCGACAUCACGCGUCGCUGGGCUGGAAUGCUCCCCGACUCCAGAGAGGCAGGAAUGUGUCUUCAGGCAUUUAUUGAGGCCUUCUUUUACUUGGCAGCACGCAGGUUCAAGGCUUUACCGCUGCGGGAGCAGGUGCUCUUGCUGCUGGAGAUUUGUGAAGGGGCCCUCGAGGGCCAGAGCCACAGUGAGAAGCCACGGCCACACCGAACGCACGCAAACCCCGCCUCUUCUCAAUCAUCAGCGCCAACCACGUUCAGCUCGCCCGCAAUGACGCGGCGACGCCAUCGGCCGCUGCAACUCUCUGCUAAAGCAAACACAGAGAACUGACAAUCUCACACACACACACACACACACGUCUUCUGAGGAACUUCCAGAGGGCCACGCAGUGUGCUUUUGAAUAAAAAACAGAAGGCAGAAUAAUGAAUCGAAAUUAAAUCAUUCACCCCUAGCUCUGCGCGCAAGCUAAAGUUGAAUUGUUUAUACGCAGCUCAGAUGAAGCUAUUUCUUUCACCACACUACACAGACAAAUGUAACAGGAUAUUUGUACACUGACACUAAAUGUGUAGACGGCUCGGCUUGUGUCGCGUAGCUCUUUGCUUACCUUCAGGUAAUGUUGGUAGGAUUCGUGGGAAUCGAUCACUGCAGGGAUAAAUAUCACGGGAUUCAAUGUUUCUUAAAGGGACGAGAUGUUGUCGUAACACGACUUCAGAAAAAGCAGCUAAUUUUCUCAAAUGGCUACCUUCAACUGACUAGGCAGAACAACACGGUGGCCUUUUGUUAGUAAAAAUGGUGUUAACACCAGGACAUGGCACCAAGUGCACUCGAAGUUUACCAAGUUGUGUAUUAUUUAUACCAAAAGAGAUUUAUUUAUUGUUUUUCACUUAACCGAGUCAUUUGCCGUAGCUGCGACUUGUCCGAACCGCUCCUGCAUGUAAAAAAAAAAAAAUGAGAGGAGGAGGAAAAAAAGAGUUUGCUGUGGUUUAAUGCAAGUGGACAUCUCGCAAGAUUAGCACAUAUUUACACAGAUCAUUUAACCCUCGUUUAAUAUCACAUUGCAGCUGCAGGCAUCGACAUAUAAAAUUAGGCUUGACUGAGAUGUACUUUUUAUGGACAUGUUGAAUAAAUAUUGCACUUAAAAUAUUA